AUGAAGCCUCAGCCAGCGCCAGCCGCAGCGGCGCUCCGUCCAGAGGCCCCACCCGCCCCCAAGGCGUCGUCGACCCAGGCUAACCCACAAGGUGGCGGUGGUGAACGCAACAAAGCUAAUGCAGGGAACGCUUCAAUCCCUGGAAAGGACAAGGGACCCACUGAGACCCCGCAGGCGAACACGCGGACAGGCCCGACGCAAAGUGCGACAUACACUCCUGCGAAGUCCGUGAGCGCGUCCUGGGAACAGGUCGGCCAAUACGCGCUCAACGCCAGCAUCCUUUCCGGACGGUUUGAGGACCUGCGGAUCCUCGCGUUCUCAGGGCGCAUCCCACCCGACCGCGUCGGUGCCCCGCGGGUAUUGUAUGCCAACAGCAGGCUGGUUGCGAGUGCUCUACCGAACGUCUUCCAAUACGAAGGGCUCAAUGAGGUGCCAGACACAGAAUUAGCAGCACAUGAAGACAUCCUGUACUCGGCUGCGAACUUCGACUACAGCGACGAUAGCGACCUGGACGACCUUGAACCUGAAGAGGCCGAGAAGGAACGAACGACAAGCGCACGUCGUGCUCGAGACGUGAAAGGUAACAGAGCUGAACGCGUCCCGGGCGACACAGUCGCGUCGGAUCCACCACGGUCGACUCGAACUCCACCGACAACGCACUCUACCAACGAACGCGACCAGACAAAACCCGAGGCACAAAGCAAAGCGGCGCAUUCAUCGGCGGAGUCCGCUGCGUCUUCAGCCCGUGCUCCUAGUCCCGCCGACACCGACGACUUCGUGUCCGUAUCCGAGACGGCGACACCACAACAAGAACAAGAGCACAGACGGGAAGGUGAUAGGCAGAAACAGACAGCCAAGCAGCCCGAGGUCAACGUCGGUGCAACGCCGUCCUCUCGCCCCGCAGCGAACGGGCAGCGUACUAUCGUUGCGACCGACACAGCCUAUCGCACAUGGCGCGCUGUCGUGUUCUGGGCCUACACAGGUCGGAUCGCGUUCGCCCCCUUGCGAUCUCAGGGUUUGCCGUUCGCCCCAAUGGACCUCGACGACGACCCGUCCCAGCUGCCGAUCUGCUCGCCGAAGUCGGUGUACCGGCUCGCGAUAAAGUACGGCAACAAGGAGCUCGAACAGCUUGCUGGAAACGAUAUCGCGUCCAAGCUGUCGACGCAGAAUGCGCUCACUGAGCUGUUCUCGCGCUUCACCUCCAGGCAUCCCCAGAUCCAGGAGAUGGAGCUCAACUUCGUCCUCCUGUACCUCAAGCACCCGGACAUCACCGUGCGCCUGCCGACCUGGAUCGACCGCUUCGCGCGCGGGGAGCUGCCGGAGUGUGCGGACACUUUCGGGCGGCUGAUACACAAGCUCGCGUGUGCGGCGACUGCCCCGCCCUCUGGACGGAAUGACUGUCCCCGGGGGUGCGCGAUGGCGACCAUCCAGCACCGGUGUGGUAUGUGUGGGACUACUUUCAUCUGA